CGCACCGAACGGAAGGAGCUGACGCAAACGAGCCGACCGGACUCCGCUACCUCUCCGUCACUCCGCCACAAACACUAGCUACUUCACCUUCGGUCGAGACUCCGGCUGUGCACCGAUUGUAAACUAAAGCGGUCAGCAGGGGUCAUGAGGGUGUCGGAGGCCCCGGUUGCUGUUCAGAGCAGCUGAAGCAGACAUGGGCAAAGAAGUCUCUAAUGGCAUCGGUAGGCUCAGCCUCAUCGACUUCACCAGCCGCAUCCUCCUUCGCCACAACCACCACGGGCUACGCAACAAGUUCUCUGUAUUUGCCAGCAUCUCCCAGUAAGACUGUGCAAUGAGAAUGUCCGACACAGUUGACACUGAAACGAUGAAGGUUUCCGAGGCUGCCGACACGGUGUCAUCUCCAAAGGACAGCGCCGCCAAGUCUGAGGUCACUGACCAGAGCCAGAGCAGCAGGGACGAACACGGCGGCAACAAUAAGAGGGACGCACAGGAUGGAUUCCUUCUCCAGCCCUUUGAAAAGGAAGAUCGAGCCACACAGGACCAAGCUGAGAAAGAGGACAGAUGUGAUAAGGUGGACAAGCCUGAGAAAACGCAGAGAAAAAUGCUGUCGAGAGAUUCCAGUCAAGACUACACAGAUUCAACUGGCAUUGAUCUCCAUGAGUUCCUGGUCAACACACUGAAGGGCAACCCCAGGGAUCGAAUCAUGCUACUGAAGUUGGAGCAGGACAUCUUGGACUUCAUCAGCAAUAAUGAAAGCCAAAAGAGAAAAUUCCCACCCAUGACGCCCUAUCACAGGAUGCUGUUACAUCGAGUGGCAGCGUACUUUGGCAUGGACCACAAUGUGGACCCCAGUGGGAAGUCAGUGGUAAUCAACAAAACCACCAACACAAGAAUACCCGAUCAGAAAUUCUCAGAGCACAUCAAGGAUGACAGGGCGGACGAUUUUCAGAAACGCUACAUUCUCAAACGAGACAACUCCAGCUUUGAUCGUGAAGACAGCACGAUUCGAAUGCGUUUGAAAGCUGACAAGAGGAGCAAAUCGAUGGAGGAGAGGGAGGAGGAGUACCAGCGAGCCAGAGAAAGGAUAUUUGCACAUGAUGGAGAUCAGUUCAUACUAGAUAGAAGUGCCCAGGAUCAGGACGCAUGCAUGAGCACCCAACAGAGGCGGCAAAUGUUCAGGUUACGGGCCGGUCGGUCAGGCGCCAGCCGGCAGAGCAGCUCCGAGACGGAAACGCUGCCGCGGCACGGGGAGCCUCGGCCGUGGAGCAGCACCGACAGCUCGGACAGCUCCAACCGGCUCGCCCCGCGGCCCGCCAUCACCAAGGCCAGCAGCUUCAGCGGCAUUUCACCCGGCCUCGUCCGCGGGGACAGCACGGCCAGCAGCAAGAGCACCGGGAGGCUCUCCAAAACAGGUUCAGAGUCAUGCAGUAGCGUCGGCUCCUCGUCCAGCUCGCUAUCCCGUCCCCAGCUGCCUCUCCCAGUUUCAGCCUCAUCCUGGUCCAACAUCCCCAGCACCCCCUUGAUCCACCCGGCUGCUGACACUAGAGGCUCUGGACACCCUGAGAUGAUCAAGAGCGUCCCUUCACAGCCGCCAUCUGCUACAGACGCAACAAACUAUUAUGUGUUGCCGCUGGAAGCCUCAGGGAUACCACCCGGCAGCGUUCUGGUCAACCCGCACACAGGCAAGCCUUUCAUCCACCCCGACGGCAGCACUGUAGUUUAUAACCCGGCCACUGUCGCCCCGGCUGCUGGCAGGAACCCACAGCAGGGGAAACCCCCACAGCAGCCAAUCGCUGCCCCAGCACAUCAACAGCCAACCAAUCACCUCCACUCGCAGCCUGACACCCUCAACGCCCAGUUCAGUCACAUGACUCUGGCGCAGCAGCAGCCCGGCGACAGCGGGGCUUCGGUUCCGGAAGCCCGCCACUAUCCCACUGUGUACCACCACCACCCCUCCUCUGUGGUACUGCAGGGAGCCCCUCCUUCACAGCAGGUCGCCAGCUACAUGUUGGCAGGGCCGUCGGGAGGACACCCAGGGAUGCUACAGGGUCAGCACGUUGCACUGCAGACCCAGGGCCCCAACCAUGCAUAUCCCAGCUCCACCCCGGGCCCCGCUGCUUUUCCCGGGUCCACGCUGAACCAGCCGCUACUCCAGCAGCACACAUACAUCCAACAGCCUGUCCAGCAGAUGUCCACGUGUUACUGCUCUUCAGCGCACCACCCCCACUGCUCCAGCCAGCAGCAGCACUACCGGCCCCCCGUCAACUCGCUGCCCUAUAACUGCCCUCAGAGCCAAAACCUGCCCCAGCAACAAGUGCACCAAGCCGUGAUGCCAAACCCAGCGUCCAGCUACCAGACCAUAGUGGGCGUGCAGCCAACACCCAACCUCGCUCUCACUGGCAACCAGCAAAGCAAUAUGGGCAACCAGAUGCAAGGCAUGAUGGUCCAGUACCCUCCAAUGCAGUCUUAUCAGCAGGUUUCUGUGCCACAGCAGACGUACCAGCAGCCGGUGUUUGUGUCCUGUCAGCCAGGACAGGGGGCAGUAGCUGUUGCUGGCAUGCAGCCCUGCUACAGCCUGCUCCCCCCGAACCAGCACACCACCAUGAGUUCCACAGUGAGUUUCCUGCCGGCCCAGAUGAUGGAGCAGCUCCAGUUUCCUCAGACCUCGUCCCCCUGCGUCUCCCAGCAGCACCCAGGCCAGCAGUAUGCAGGGUUAUUACCCCCGGGCCCCAGCAGCGGCAUGGUGAUGCUGCAAAUGACAGCACCCCCCUGCCAGCAGCCCCGGGCCCCCUCCCCCUGCCAGCGGAAACAGCCCAACUACAAACACCCGGGCGCCGAGCACCAGCGCAGCCGCAGGCCCGCUGAGCUCCCCCCGCCUCCAGACAAUACCCAGAGCAGCUUGCCCUCGUCCCCGGCACUCACUCCCUUGCCAGGCCAGCCGCCCAGCGUCAAGGGCCUCCCAUCAGGCAUCUCGUCCAUCCCUGUCAUGGCCCACCACCCGCAGCUCCCUACAGCUUUCUGCCACAGUGGACAAGGUGAAGCACACUACUCUCUACUGGGCCAGCCUCUGCAGUACAAACCCUCCAUCAGACCUCCGCUGAUCCACACCGCCCACAUGGUGGCCAAACACCAGGGUCCACUGGGGGUUUGGCGUAGCGGUCAUGGGAGGAGGGCCAGCAGAAAACCUCUGUCUUCAGAUCUCAGUGUAGGUGAAGCAGUGAGCAGUCAGAUCCUGGAAGUGACAGAUCCUCCGGAGGGGAUCAGCUGUACAGACUCCCACCACCUCCUGGCAGAGCUCUGCAAAGGGGGCGAAUUGAUCCAGCGGCUGUCGGAUCAUCAGCCUCGGCUGCGCAACACAACCAGAGACGCUCCCAGCGGGGACCUGGCCUCAUCAUACUCCAUCUUCUCCAUGCUACCCUCCAGAUUUGCUGCCCCGAGCGCCGCGCUCCACCACAGCGGCCCCCGGGCUACCUUUAAACUCCGAACUAGCGCCAGACACAAAGGGGAGCCGCGUGACUCGGACAAAGCCGGCUCAUAGCUGCUAAGAUCUUGGUGCACCUGAGGAGCGCCACAUGAACGCACAUCCAACCACCUGCCUCUGCUGCCUCAGUCUGGACUGUCUCGGUUUUAGUCCCAGACUCUGUCCAAAUCAAAAGCCGUAUCCAAUGUGUGAAGAAUGAAUGUCCACUUUUAUUUAGUUUUAGUUCAUUUUAUCUUUUUUUUUCUGGCUGACAGGUCUGCGCAGGGUGGAAACUGAGCACCACCUAGCAGUUUGGUUUUGUUUGUGAGAUGCGUCCGUGGCUGCUGAGCUCAACUCGAGGCCCCUCUUUAUUCUAAAAGUCUAGUUUGCUGAUGAAAAGUGAAAAGUGUUUGGAGAGCUUUGGGGUUCAUUUACCAGCUGUUUGUGACUCCACUGUGGUUCUUUUUAAUAGCAGGUGUGUGAGUGUGACGGCACCAAUCGCACACAUAAUCUACUUGUUUCUGGUUCCAGUUUUUGUACCCACUUUAGAAAAUUAGACAUGUGAAAUUGGGUCUCUGUAUGAUAUUGUUGCAUUCAAACUGAGCACUCAUAUCAAAGCAGGUGUUGUAACAUUCAUCAAUACUUCCAUCAUGUGUGUCCCAGUCACUGACUCAUGAAACCGAGCAGCAGUUAGCUACACAAGAGCGGGCGUCUUCUCUCGUUUUACAUGCUCCCAACAAUAACACGCAGCCGCACUUGUACAAUGUGAGCCCAUACAAUAAUAAACACUGAAUAAUAGAUAUACUACCUGAAUUAUUUAAAGUCACUUUGAUACACAGUGAAUGUUGGAUUUGCACUGAAGUGAUGAAGGAGGUGGAUGUUUGAUUGGUAUCGGACAGGGCCUGGAUUUUCUUUUAUCAACCCCCUCGUACCUGUUUGUUGCACUCGGCCAGGCCACUUUCUUUUAUAUUUAAUUAAAAUGUUUAUAUGCACAAGAAAAAUGCAAUCGAGUUUGUCACUCUAUUUGGCUUCUUUUUUUGGGGGGGUGGGAUUUGUGUGAAUCAUGAGAGGUGCUCUGUGUCUGGUGUGUCUUUUCUUUUUUCUUUUCUUUUUUUUGUUUGACUCUAAUAAAUGU